AUGAGUUUUAACCCACAGCUCAGGCGGCAAGUCAUCGCCGUUUAUAAAGAGCUGCUGUAUCUUGGUAGAGAAUAUCCCCUCGGCUUCGACUACUUUCGACCCCGGCUACACAAGGCCUUCAUUUCUAAGGCUGCCGAGCGCGACGAAGACAAGAUCCGCAAAGGAAUUGGACAGGCUGAGUAUGUGAAGAAAGAGAUUGAAGCUUUGUAA